AUGAAGGGAGGUAGAGAAAGCGAAGAGAGUGUGGCAAAUUGUCUAAUGCUGCUGUCUCAUGGCCUAGAAACCAAGCGGACGUUAGACCAUUCGGUGGAGGACGUUUUCGAGUGUAAAACUUGUCAUCGCCGGUUCCCAUCGUUCCAAGCACUCGGAGGCCACAGGGCGAGCCAUAAGAGACCCAGAUUGAUGGGGGAGAGUCAGAAAGCAGAUGGUUCCAAAUUUCUAAGUUUAGCAAUUACUAAGCCUAAGAAGCAUGAGUGCGCCAUAUGUGGUAAAAAGUUCGACUUGGGGCAAGCUUUGGGAGGCCAUAUGAGGAAGCAUAGAGCUUCCAUUUACGAAAGCUUCUCUCCUUUUCCUGUCGUCGACCCAAACUUGCCGUUGUUGAGCAGAUCGAAUAGUAAAAGAAUUAUGCGCUUGGACUUGAAUUUGACUCCCUUGGAGAAUGAUCUGAAAGCAUUGUUUGGGAAAAUGGCUCCUAAAAUUGAUAAUCUUCGUCUUUGA